GGGUUUCACCAUGUUGCCCAGGCUGGUCUCGAACACCUGAAUUCAAGCAGUCUCUCUGCAGGAUGUGGCGCACGAGGGCUGGGGCCGUGUAGGGCGACUAGCAGGGCCGCGGGUGCUGAGCCCCUCGCGUCCCAGCGGCUCCUCUUCCUGGCUUGCUCUCUGGGCGGAGCCGGGGCGGUGCUGCGCUGGGCGGGCCGGAGGGGCGGUGCUGCUACCCCGCAGGGCUGCGACGCGACUCUGGGGCUGGCUGUCUCCUUCCAGAGGAGCUGGGCGUGAGCGGCCGCGAUGAGCUGGGAGCUGCUGCUCUGGGUGCUGGCGCUGUGUGCGCUGCCCCUGCUCGUUGUGCAGCUGCUGCGCUUCCUGCGGGCUGACGGCGACCUGACGCUGCUAUGGGCCGAGUGGCAGGGGCGACGCCCAGAAUGGGAGUUGACUGAUAUGGUGGUGUGGGUGACUGGAGCCUCGAGUGGAAUUGGUGAGGAGCUGGCUUACCAGCUGUCUAAACUAGGAGUUUCUCUUGUGCUGUCAGCCAGAAGAGUACCUGAGCUGGAAAGGGUGAAAAGAAGAUGCCUAGAGAAUAGCAAUUUAAAAGAAAAAGAUAUACUGGUUUUGCCCCUUGACCUGACCGACACUGGUUCCCAUGAAGUGGCUACUAAAGCUGUUCUCCAGGAGUUUGGCAGAAUCGACAUUUUGGUCAACAAUGGUGGAAUAUCCCAGCGUUCUUUGUGCAUGGAUACCAGCUUGGAUGUCUACAGAAAGCUAAUAGAGCUUAACUACUUAGGGACGGUGUCCUUGACAAAGUGUGUUCUGCCUUACAUGAUCGAGAGGAAGAAAGGAAAGAUUGUUACUGUGAAUAGCCUCCUGGGUAUCAUAGCUGCACCCCUUUCCAGUGGAUACUGUGCCAGCAAGCAUGCUCUUCGGGGUUUUUUUAAUGGCCUUCGAACAGAACUUGCCACAUACCCAGGUAUAAUAGUUUCUAACAUUUGCCCGGGACCUGUGCAAUCAAAUAUUGUGGCGAAUUCCCUAGCUGGAGAAGUCACAAAGACUAUAGGCAAUGGUGGAGAUCAAUCCUACAAGAUGGCAACCAGUCGUUGUGUGCGGCUGAUGUUAAUCAGCAUGGCUAAUGAUUUGAAAGAAGUUUGGAUUUCAGAACAUCCUUUCUUGGCAGUAGUAUAUUUGUGGCAAUACAUGCCAACCUGGGCCUGGUGGAUAACCAACAAGAUGGGGAAGAAAAGGAUUGAGAACUUUAAGAGUGGUGUGGAUGCUGACUCUUCUUAUUUUAAUAUCCUUAAGAGAAAACAUGACUGAAAAGAGCGCCUGUACUUUUCAAGUCACUGGAGGGAGAAAUGGAAAACAUGAAAACAGCAAUCUUCUUACGCUUCUGAAUAAUCUGAGACUAAUUUGUGAUUUUACUUUUUAAUAGAUAUGACUUUGCUUUCAACAUAUAAUGAAAUAAUAAAUAAUAAAAGAUUGCCAUGAAUCUUGCAAAAAA